AUGCCUCGAAUUAAGACAGUACAUUCGAAGGUUACAAAAUCUCCCCGUCGUCCUUUCGAGAAGGAACGUCUAGACCAGGAGCUGAAACUCAUUGGAGAGUUCGGCCUCAAGAACAAGCGAGAGGUAUGGCGGGUCAAGUACACCUUGGCUAAAGUCCGUAAGGCUGCUCGUGAAUUGCUCACCCUGGAAGAGAAGGAUCCCAAAAGACUGUUCGAAGGAAACGCUCUUCUGCGCCGUCUUGUGCGCAUUGGUGUGCUCCCAGAAGACCGUAUGAAGCUCGAUUACAUCCUUGGUCUACGAGUUGAGGAUUUCCUCGAGAGACGCCUGCAGACUCAGGUUUUCAAGCUUGGAUUGGCGAAGUCGAUUCACCAUGCUCGUGUCCUUAUCAGACACAGUCAUAUC